UCGUACAUCCCCCCCCCCCCCCCCCCAUUCACAUUCGUCCCGAAGUUCAGUAGAUGCCUCAACACUCGUAAUUCAUCAGUUAAGAGCCACUGAGCUACUGCUAGCCUGCUAACCGCUGCUAAUAAACUUUUGUCAAUAUUUGUCUGCCACUUCUGUCAUUUGCACCAGCUAAACUACAUAGCAUUAGAGGGACACAAAUGGAUUGGUUCCACUGUAACCAGUGCUUUUCAAGAUCAGGAUCAAAGUUUACCCUGUCCACCUGUGGACACAUCUGCUGCGAGGCCUGCAUUAAAUCGGAGCAAUGUGUCAUAUGCGGAACCAGCUGCAAUUAUCGGUACAUCACAGAUCAGAUGAAACCACAAGAAAAGGUGUUUUUCAAGGAUCCUGUGAAGCUCAUCCAAUCACGGCUAGAACACAUUUCACAGAUUGCCGAUUUUCAACGGACACAAAUGGAGCGAGCAACAGCGUACUUCAAGCACAAGUCAGUUGAACUGGAAAAACAUCUGAAAGAAAUCACACAGCAGAGUUACAGGCAAAUUGCUGAAUUGAACCGAGAGAAUGCUGAUCUAAAAAGUCAAAAUAUGGAGCUAAAAAGAGAGAUGGCAGAGCUAAAAAAGCCUCUUUCGCAGAGGCGGGUCUCCCCAGGACAAUUUAACACAAAGGGUGUUCAAAGGAUCUCUCUUCCUGUGGCUGUCACUUCUCCAGUUACCCCUCAUUUAAGAACUAUGAGUCAAUUCGAAUCAGCAGAUUCUCCAUUGUGGACAAGAAACAGAGGUCUUGCAUCUCGUACAACUCCUGGAUCGACCACUUCUUUUUCUAGCCACAGCCCUCUACUUGGACAUGGACACAGGACUCCGGCCUCUGUCAGCCCAUCUAUCAGAUCACCAAACCUCUACCGGUUUCAGACGAUGACUGGAUUAUCAAUACACUCGCCGAGGCAAUAAUCAAACCUGCUCUAUUUGAAAAGACACAAAACGUUUUUGUGGGGAAAAAAAUAAUUUUUGUACACAUUUCAAAUGUUGCAAAUGUUUUUGUGGACAACAAAAAGCUGUAUUUUUGGUACACAUUUCAAUUGUUGCACUAUGUUGUUUUCCGUUAAGUAAUUUAGGAGUCAUAUGAGCUCGCUGAUCUGGUUUCUUCAUGUGGCUUCUUAUUCCUGGGUUAGUGUGAGACACUAUAUAUCCCCACAAGUGUGAGGGCCACUACCAUUAGUUCCACAAUGGCUUGCAAAAUGCAUUAUCAACAUGAAAAACGUUAUAUGAUGCAUUGUUCUUGCACAUACUAAACAUAUUUGAAUGUGUUUUGGAGAAAAAAAAAAUAAAACAAAUGAAAACAA